UUCGCUUUAUUUUUCGAUGAAUACAGUUUCAUUGAACUCUCAGAAACCCGUUCCAGGCGCGCAGAAGUCUUUCAUACUUUCACUUGUGUUGGGAAUGUUUUGUUGAGUCUGAUUAGAUUCAGUAUAAAUUAAGCCGGUUUUAGAUGGAUUUCUUGACUGGAGAAUCCACGAGACUCGCUCAUCCAUCAUGUGUGCUCUUACAGUCGGACAUGCUGAAGCCGGGCGAGCCCAGCGGUUCUGCUUUCCUCAAAGUGGACCCGACCUACAUCCAGCACUGGCAGCAGCUCUUCCCUCAGAACCCGCUGAAAACAGCCGCUCUGACGCCGGUACCGGUGGAGAACCUCCGCCAGAGAGCCCACCUGAUCUCGUCCACUUCUUCAUCCUCGAGUUCUUCCACCACUCCAUCCUCCGUGUCUUCUAUAGCGGGGUUGAGUCAGCUCGUGGUUCCGCAGAUCUCCCUGUUCGGACAGACUCUGAGUUCCGACAGCAGCAGCAGCUCGUCUCAACCCAAAGAACUUUGUUUGUCGUCAAACUUUAAGAAUGAUAAAGGGUCGCGGUUGAAGCUGAGCUCCGAGGAGCUGGACUACUACCUGUACGGACAGCAGCGGAUGGAGAUCAUUCCUCUCAACAACCACAACGGAGAAAUCAAUAACCGCUGUGACAUGUGUGCGGACAACCGUAACGGCGAGUGCCCCAUGCAUGGCCCCCUGCACUCACUGCGGAGGCUUGUGGGGACCAGCAGCGCUUCAGUGGCUAUGGCUCCUCCAGAGGUCCCGGAGUGGUUGAGGGAUUUGCCCCGUGAGGUGUGUCUGUGCACCAGCACCGUCCCGGGCCUGGGCUAUGGCAUCUGUGCUGCCCAGCGCAUCCCGCAGGGCACCUGGAUCGGGCCCUUCCAGGGUGUCCCCCUGUCGCUGGAUAAAGUGCAGUCAGGAUCCGUGCGGAACACACAACACUUAUGGGAGAUUUAUGAUCAGGAGGGCACGUUACAGCACUUUAUUGAUGGUAAUGAACCCAGUAAAUCCAGCUGGAUGAGAUACAUACGAUGUGCCAGACACUGUGGAGAGCAGAACAUGAUGGUGGUCCAGUACAGAUCAUGUAUAUUCUACCGAGCGUGUUCUGAUAUUCCUCGUGGAACUGAACUGCUGGUUUGGUACAACGACAGUUACACGUCUUUCUUCGGGAUCCCGCUGCAGUGCGUCGCACAAGAUGAAAACUUGAAUGUGCCAUCUACUGUAAUGGAGGCGAUGAGCCGUCAGGAAAUCCUUCAGCCCUUCAGUAAGAGUCCCAAAUCCUCCUCGCUGGUUCUGCUGCGUUCGAUGGUCUUCCCUCAGUCGUCCUGCUCACGGAGCUUCUCCCUCCUGGACAAGAACAGCCACAACGAGUCCGGUUUAAACCAAAUGAGCUCCAAAAACCAGCGCGUGCUGGCGAGUCCCACGUCCACCAGUCAGCUGAGUUCAGAGUUCAGCGACUGGCAUCUGUGGAAAUGCGGCCAGUGCUUCAAAACCUUCACACAACGCAUUCUACUGCAGAUGCACGUGUGCACGCAGAACCCUGACAGACCGUAUCAGUGUGGACACUGUUCUCAGUCGUUCUCUCAGCCGUCGGAGCUGCGGAAUCACGUGGUGACCCACUCCAGUGACCGACCCUUUAAGUGCGGCUACUGCGGCCGAGCGUUCGCCGGCGCCACGACCCUAAACAACCACAUCCGCACGCACACGGGGGAGAAGCCUUUCAAGUAAGUAACAGUGUGAGAGAUGCGACCGCAGCUUCACGCAGGCGACGCAGCUGAGCAGACACCAGCGGAUGCCCAACGAGUGCAAAGCCAUCAGCGAGAGCAGCGAAUCAAUCGAGGUGGAUUAACGGAUUGAGCGGCAUGGGAGAAUCAUAAUUAAACGUCACGGACACUUAAGCAAAACCAAAGAUUUCCUGAGAGAAACUCCCAAUCAAACGCAGAAAACCAAAAGCAGUAAUAAAAUAAGUGAGAUGUUAAGAGAUAUCGAUCCUGGCACAGAUAAGGGACGGGUGGGUGGAUUAAGGGGAGAUUAUUUAUUAAUGAGUUUGUGGAUUGAGACUGUGUUUAGAACAGAAAAGAACUGCCCAGCAUACAAAAAAAUAAUUAAUAUUUAUAUAACUCUGGUUUACUGAUUUGUGUAACGCAAGCCCUUUCUAUGGCAAGCUCUUUUGACUUUUAGUCAUUCACAGGAUGCGUAUUGCUCAUAUAAACAAUUUCAUUUUCACUAGUUAGAAUGCUAAAUCUUGAUAUCAGGAAUGUAAUUUCUACUAGUGAAAAUGGCGAUUACAUUUGCACUAGUAAAAAGGUUCAUUCUUGAUAUCAAAAACAGAAUUUCCACCAGUAAAACUGUAAUUGAAUUUUUACUAGUAGAAUUCCACAAUGAUCUGUCAUUCACUCCUAUUCAAAAACGCAAUUAUAGAUAUCUACAAUUAUUUUCUUACUAACUGAAGUUCCAAUUUUAUACAUCAUCAGUGCAUCUCUUACUAGUAAAAAUAUACAUUCCUGAUAUUAACAACUAAAUGACAUCUAGUGAAAAUGCUAAUUUUAUAUAUCUAUAUCUAAAUGUGUUUCAACAUGGUACAUUUGGUAUUACAGAUAUCUGGAAAUGUAUUUCAGAUAUCAAUACAUUGGAGAGUAAUUAAAGACAUCUAAAAAGGUUUUCUUACUAGUAAAAAUCACAUAACAGAUUUCUGAAAUUAACAUUGAAACUAUAGUGAAAACCUUUUUACUGAUAUCAAAAAUGAGCAUUUCCACUAGUUGCAUUUUAAUUAUUGAUAUCAAAAAUGACAAUUUUUACUAGUAAGAAAUGCACUGCUGAUGUAUAAAAUUGGAACUUCAGUUAGUAAGAAAAUAAUUGUAGAUAUCUAUAAUUGCGUUUUGAAUAGGAGUGAAUGACAGAUCAUUGUGGAAUUCUACUAGUAAAAAUUCAAUUACAGUUUUUACUGGUGGAAAUUCUGUUUUUGAUAUCAAGAAUGUGUAUUUCUGCAAGUGAUGAGUUAAUUCUUGAUAUCAAGAAUGGACAUUUUUACUAGUGCAAAUGUAAUUGCCAUUUUCACUUGUAGAAAUUACAUUUUUGAUAUCAAGAUUUAGCAUUCUAACUAGUAAAAUUAUAAUGGUUGAUAUCAACAAUUUGCAUCCUGCGAAUGAUUAAAAGUCAAAAGGGCUUGCCAUACCUUUCAACAUUUAAUCAUGUGCAGGAAAUGAAUUAUCAAUAUCUAUAACUAUGUAUUUACUAGUGAAAAUGUUAAUUCUUGAUAUAAAAAAAUGAUGUCAUUACUCGCAGAAAUACCCAUUGUUGAUAUCUGCAUUUUCACUAGUAGAAUUAAAUUAAUAAUAGAUAUGUUUAAUUUAAUUUACAGGAGUGAAUGACAGAUUAUUGUGAAAUUUUACUAGUGAAAAUGCAUUUAGAUAAAUAAUAAUAAUAAAAAAAUUCUAGUUGAAAUUCCAUUUUUUAUAUCAAGAAUUAAUGUUUGUACCAGUGCAAAACUAAUGACUGAUAUCAAAAAAUGUAAAAUUAAAUUCUAGAUAUGUCCUGCACAUGAUUAAAUGUUAAUUUGGCUUGCCAUAUAAGUGUACUAUGUGAAGUCAAACCAAAGAGUGAGAGUUCAGGGUCGUUCAAUCGGUGAAUGUACGAUGUCUGUGAAAUUGCACCAUUUAGGAAGCAUGACUUACAAGGGUAGCAACUGCUUUCACCAAAAAUGAAUUUUCUUUGUAUAAAAUGUAAAUUCUGAAUAUUAUAUUUCUCUCAUAUCAUGAUUAAUGGCACUUUUGAGAAUUGUUAUUUAAUAUUUCAACACCGUAUAAAGCACCAAAAUGUACAUAGGAGAAAUCAUUGCCGUUUUCAGGAAACUGAAUGUUGAAUUUUGCUUUGUUAUUCCAAGAUUUACACAAUGUCUUAUGUUUGCUGGAGCAAAAUCAAAGAGCUUUAUUAUUAUUAUGAGACACUUUUUGCUAAUCACAGACAUCACAGACUGAGCCAUAAACACUAUGAUUACAGUUUCUGACCAAAAACCUUUAUGAUGUUUUACCCAAAGUUACUGAAUGCAGAUGUGCUCCCUUUUAUAAACACAGAAUGUAUUUUGUUCUUUACUGAAUCAUCUGAAACUGUGUGCUCAGAGAUAAGUCUGAUAAUCAUGAGUUGUGCUGUAUUUUGAGGAAAGUGUGUUCAGCUCAAAUUCAUCAUUCAAUUUUGUUUGCAUGAUCUUUGUACAUAAACAACUGGCCAUAAAUGUUCUUGUGAAUAAAGUUAUUGACAAACUUUUAU